GCAAAGUAAAAUUGUCAUGGCAGUGUAUUUUCCUUGAAUAAAAAAUGAACAAAUUACUCCAAAUUUCGUUGUUUUUCUUGGUAAUUUCGGUGGGGCUGUCCAAGAAAACAAAAGAGAAACCCGAAUGGGCGAAAAAGGAUAUCCGCGAUUUUACCGAUGCGGAUAUGGAAAGGUUGUUGGAUCAGUGGGAGGAAGAUGAAGAACCGUUGGAAGAUGACGAACUUCCAGAGCAUCUAAGACCCAUGCCUAAUAUCGAUAUGAGUCAAAUUGAUCCGAGCAAUCCGGAAGGAAUGCUGCAGGCAACUAAAAAGGGGAGAACUUUGAUGACGUUUGUUAGUGUUUCAAAUAACCCCAGUAAAGAUGAAACUGAAGAGUUAACGAAGCUGUGGCAGACUAGUUUGUGGAACAACCACAUACAAGCCGAACGAUACUUAGUGGGCGAUGAUAGAGCAAUAUUUCUAUUCAAAGAUGGUUCUCAAGCUUGGACUGCAAAAGAGUAUUUGGUGGAACAAGAACGGUGCGAAAGUGUAACAAUAGAAAGUAAAGUCUACCCAGGAAAAUUCUCCAAGAAGAAGGAAGAACUAUAAACAUUCCAUACUAUAAUAAAUAAUUUAUUAAAUUACAACUUAAAACUAUUUUUUUUUAUCAAUAAAUUUUUUAUGAAGUUUGAUCGGCCAUCGAGUUUUCAUUCUGCAUUUCCACAGCUUUCUGAAGUUCCCUCACUACCGUGGCGAGAACUUCGGGGUUUACCCCGGCUUCGCAAAGCCUCACACAAAUCGACAUAGUUUCUUUAUCCAAACCAGUGCACAAUAAACGAGACAGCUCCAUUAAAGCCUGAAAUGUCUCUUUGGCCUCCUUAACCUGCGCCAAUUUCGAGUUGGACAU